GAGAAUCCUCGGGGAUUCUGCAGAAACGGUCAGAGCUGAAGGAUUGUAAUGGACAAGAUUGGUUUUCCGCAGAUCAGAACGUUAGUUCAUGUGUGGAGUCAACAGCGAUGGGGAGAUAUAACCAUAUAACAAUCACAGCAUGGAAACAGGCCAUCUUGGCCCUCCUAGUCCGUGCCGAACCCUUAAUCUCACCUAGUCCCACCUACCCGCACUCAGCCCAUAACCCUCCACUCCUUUCCUGUCCAUAUACCUAUCCAAUUUUACCUUAAAUGACACAACUGAACUGGCCUCUACUACUUCUACGGGAAGCUCAUUCCACACAGCUAUCAUUCUUUGAGUAAAGAAAUACCCCCUCGUGUUUCCCUUAAACUUCUGCCCCCUAACUCUCAAAUCAUGUCCUCUAGGUUUUUGCAUUCGUACUUACUCAGGAAACAGGCACAGAUUCUAUAGAAGUGAGGCAAAGCAACGUCAACUUCACCGUUGAACUCGGGAGGACCAACCAUAGUUCAUCUUACACAGUGAACAGUGCAGCCCUGAGGAGUGUGGUAGAACAAAGGCGUCUGCAAUGGAGGUCCGUAAUCCAUGGAGAGUGGCGUCACAGGUAGACUGGGUUGUAAAGAAAACGUUUGGCACAUUGGCCUUCAUAUAUCAAAGUUUUGUUGUUCAAAAGAUGGGCUGCUGAGCUGUUGGUGAGGCCUAAUUUGGAGUAUUGAGUGCAGUUUUGGUCACCUACAUACAGGAAAAAUGUAAUAAAGUUUGAAAGAGUGCAGAGAAAACUUACAAGGAUGUUGCCGGGUCAGAGUUCUCAGGAAAGAUUAGGACUUCGUUGUUUAGAGCGUAGAAGAUUGAGAGGAGAUUUGAUGAGGUAUACAAAUUAUGAGGGGUAUACUUAGGGUAAAUGGAAGCAGGCUUUUGUCCUGAGGGUGGGUGGGACUACAAUGAAAGGUCAUGGGUGAAACAUCCAUGGUCGACCCUGACCGACGGAGACCUCGCUGUGCUCUGCCUGACCUGCGGAGUUCCUCCAGCACUUUGUGUUAACUGCUCUGGAUUUCCAGCCUCUGCAGAAUGUCUCAGCUAGCAGGAUAAAGUAGUGACGGCUCGGCUCCGGAGAGGUGGGUUACAAAAAGCCUUUCUACUAAGGGAAGGGAACUGUUUUUCACUCUGCUGGUGCUGUCGAGGUUGCUAGGGAGCCUCCUUUAUCAUGUUACUGAUUUACCAGCAGCGGUUUGCUGGCGUCUCCCCCAAGAACUUCAGCAGCGGGUCCAGUUCCGGGUUGUGAACCGUCCGAGUCUAGGGUAGGGGCGGGACUUUUAAAGCCAUUGCUAACGGGACGUAAUUGGCUGCUGCAGAAUACAUAUUUCCCUGAUGAUUGGCUGAAUUUGAAAUAAUCACAUAACAAAGUGGUGGUGUUUAAUUUCAAAUCAGCCCGGGAUCCGGUUUGCUGUAAAACGGGAUCAGACCGUGGUCGGAGCGUGUCCACGGACCGGAUUUUCCGGCCCUGGAACUGGGAAUUCUGCCUGCAGAAGGAACUGGAGCGAGCUGACAGACUGGGAUAACUGUGAGGAUGCUACACUCCGAUGGGAAGGCAGAGAAGCUCCUGUGGAUACUGGCAGUCCUUCCCACUGUGGUCCAGUGCAGAGUGGCUGUGGCCUCCCCAGACUCAAUCACCACCGUCCUUGCUGGUGGAUCCGUCCACUUCCCCAUCCUCCAUGUCAGUGAAGACAAGUAUGAGGUGACUCUGGGGAAAAGGUCCCCGAACCAGCUGAAGAUCUUGGCCUGGAUGUCAGACCGACCGGAGAGUCCGUACGUGAUCCGGCCGUCCUACAGGAACCGGGUUCACUUCCGGAGUGAUGGUGUUAUCGAGAUGCGAGGCAUCAACAUGAGUGACCAGGGGACGUACGAGGUGCAGACAAACUACUUUGGGAGGGAGCUGAGAAACCGUGACUGUAACCAGUUCGAGAUCAAUGUUGUUGAGCCGGUGUCUGAGCCGACGGUGGAGAUCAGCAGGAAUGCCUCCCACGUCACGCUGAACUGCUCGGCUCUCGGAACCGGACAGGUCACCUAUCGGUGGGAGAGGCAGACAGACGCUGCUGGUGGGAACGUCACCUUCCAUGGAGCCCUGCUGUUCCUGCAGAAUGAUGGGCUGAGUGGCCACACCUACAAAUGCAUUGCUGAAAAUUGCUGCAGUCGGCAGAUCAGCCUCCCAGUCUCCGCAGACCUCAACCCAGCCAGCGAGUCCAGAAAUUAUUGGGCAAGUGUUCUCAGCUUUAUAGUCCUCUCAGUGGUUGUGAUGUUAAUCUUGGGUCAGCAUCUGCUCAGGAAAUCGGUACUGAUUGGUCAAGCACAUCCAGAAACCAAGGGCCAGGAGAGUUCCAGUGAGAAUGAGGGUUCGGACUGUCCUCUCCAGAAGUCCCGAGGUUCCUCUGACCCUGUGUGACCUGGAACCGGGACGGUGCUGAACAUGUCCCUCCCACCAGCUGCUGUCUCCACCGUGACCUCCACCCACCAGCCCCUGAGCACAGGACGUCUGCACCUCACACUGUGGGACAGGUGCCACUGAGACGCUGGGUGUUGAUGCUGUCUGUGACAGGGCCAUUUCCACCCUGGGAAAAGUCUCUGACUGUCCACUCUGUUCCUGCCUCCUGUCAUCUUGUACACGUCACUCUCGUCCUCCUUCACUGCAAAGAGAAAAUCCCGAGCUCGCUCAACCUCUCCUCAUCGGACCAGCUCCCAGAGCGGCCACCUCACUGCAGCAAGGAUGUGGAUACUACGGAGAGAGUGCAGACGGGAUUUACAUCGGACCAGCUCCCAGAGCGGCCACCUCAGUGCAGCAAGGAUGUGGAUACUACGGAGAGAGUGCAGACGGGAUUUACAUCGGACCAGCUCCCUAAUCCAUUCGGCACUGACUGACUUUCAACAAGUCGACAACUCAUCAUCUCGGCUUCUACAGUUUGCACCUUAGUUGUCUGUCACUUUUGUUAUUGAGUAGCUUUUCGCAAUUUCUAUUUUGCUGUGAGUGCCUGUACUGAAAUGAUGCCUUGUAUAGAAUUCUGUUGUGUAUUUAAUAUUUAAGUAUGUUGAUUGAUUGUGUAUUAUUGUGUAUACAUGUUUAAUAAUUCUCAUGUUAAUCUAUUCUUUGUUUGAAUGUAUAAUCAUUCUGUACAUUGUUGAUUAAACAUUCUUCGUUGAAAUAAAUCAUUGCUGUCUCUCUGUAAAAGUAAGUGAAUAUGUAAAAAUAACACCCUGUUACGUGUGUGCCUUGCUUAAAGUGAACACAAGGUUAGACUCACAUUUUGGACCCCAUUGUCUUCCUUUGGAAUAACUUAACAUUGAAGUUUCAAUGCAUAACAGUGGCGAAUGAGGUGUUUUUAAAAUGUACCCGAGAUAGUUCUUGUCUUGAAGCCCAGCAAGACAUUCGUACUAAACUGUUGUGACAAAUGCAAAUGAAAACUGCAGCCCUGGAUGUUUAGAGGCUGUUGUGUUAAAGACCGUACAGGUUGAUAGGCUAAUUGUCCUGUGACUAAACUGGGGGAAUGCUGGGCAGCGUAGCACAAGGGGCCUCUUCCACACCAUUUAAAAAACAAAACGCUCUCACUAAAGAAAUUCCUUCUCUGAGAUUGUAGGCUUACGAUGUUGGUGCUGAAAUGUGUGACAACACUUGCAGGCUGUGUCCAGCAGAUCGUUGGGUUACGGUAGUUGUUUGUGUAAAUAGUGCCUUUCACCGUGUAUUCUAAUGUGCAUGUGAAAAAUAAACUGGAAUCUGAUUGCAGAAGUUAGUGUGCUUGGCCCUGACAACAUUUGAGCUGUUCAUCUUGGACCACUGAGAGCUUCAGACCCAGCCCUCAACACCUCACAGGCAAGGAGUUCAGUGCAGUCAAACACCACUGACAACUUGCACGUGGAAGGACAUGAUGUGACAGACUAAUUUUUCACCCUCCGGGACACUGGCAUCACCUUUCCUGGUUGAGUGCUCCCAAGGAUGGAACUGAGCGUGACAGCCAGCACGAUGCGGGUUCGAUUCGUCACUGCCUGCAGUGACUGUUUGCUCUGAGUGCUCCGGUUUCCACCCGCUUUCCAAAGACGUACGGUCAGGGUUCGUGAGUGGAACCUGCGGCUGCCCCCGGCACAUCCUGGGAGAGUGUGACAGACAAAGCCAAUCUUUGAAACAAGACGAGGUGGAGAUGCAGAGCCUUUCAUACCCGUUCACAGCACUCCCAUAUUAAUCACCAAUUCAUUGUUCUCCUCACUCUACCCCUCGCCCACACACCAGGG